UAGACCCAACAGACUAAAAGCUCCAUAUAUUGGCGAAGAAGAGCAUUUAUUUACCAGAAAAUAGAAGACAAUGACGGAGUUCAGAAAGCAAAAGCAUCUUAUUCUAGUGCAUGGAGCAUGUCAUGGAGCCUGGUGUUGGUACAAGCUCAAACCACGGCUCGAGUCAGCUGGUCACCGGGUCACGGCCAUCGACCUGGCUGCCUCAGGCAUCAACAUGAACGCAAUCCAGAGUGUUCACACGAUGUAUGAAUAUACUAAACCGUUGUUGGAGAUUUUGGCCUCUUUGCCCCCCGGUGAAAAGGUUAUUCUUGUUGGGCAUAGCUUGGGAGGCCUGAAUUUGGCCCUGGCCAUGGACAAGUUCCCGGAGAAGAUUUCAGCUGGUGUUUUCUUAACUGCUUUCAUGCCUGAUACAGCACAUCAGCCAUCAUUUGUUUUGGAACAGUACUGCGAGAGGACCCCAGCGGAAGCUUGGUUGGACACGGAAUUUGCUCCAUAUGGAAGCCGUGAACAGUCUUUGAUGUCCAUGUUUUUCGGGUCUAUGUUUCUAACACAGAAACUCUAUCAACUAUCCCCUGUUGAGGACCUGGAACUGGCAAAGGCUCUGAUCAGGCCAGGAUCGUUGUUUGUAAGCGAUUUGUCAAAGGCAGACAAGUUCUCUAACGAGGGGUAUGGAUGUGUUCCCCGGGUCUAUGUUGUUUGCAAUGAAGACAAAGGGAUACCAGAGAAAUUCCAACGCUGGAUGAUCGAAAACUUUGAGGUUAACGAUGUGAUGGAGAUUAAGGAUGCAGAUCAUAUGGCAAUGUUCUCAAAGCCACAGGAACUUUGUGACUCUCUGUCAGAGAUAGCACAAAAAUAUGAGUGAUAUGUUAGCAACAAGAUCUGUUGAUUUUUAUUUGCGGAGUGGAUGUUGCUGCUGGGUUGGCUUCAUUAGUCACUAGGUUUUGGAGUAUUAUAUUCGAAUAAUAUGAAAUAAUCCUUGGUUUUUGGAAUGAAAACGAUCCUCUUGAACUGCCAUGUUUGGAUACAA